AUGAAGAAGAUGAAGUCCAUGGAUGACAGUAGGAAACUGAGAAGGAGGAAGUGGGGCGCCGUCACAGUGGAAAUCAUGCAUGCAAUGUGGAAGCCUCAAACGUUCAAAUACAUCUAUUUAUUUGCCACUAUUUAUGUAUUCACCCUCACCAUACCAUCCACUGCUAUCGUCUACUGGGCCUUUGGAGACCAACUCACCAAGCAGUCUAAUGUGUUGGCACUCCUCCCUCGCUCCAGCUGGUUUGCUUGUAUGCCAUUGUACUUUGUGUGGGAGAAAGUGAUAAGAAUGCAUGACACGAAGAGCAUAUGUUUGAGGGCUCUUUCGAGGCUGCCUAUUAUCAUACCCAUAUGGUUCUUGGCCAUCAUUUUCCCUUUCUUUGGCCCUAUAAACUCCACCGUGGGGGCUCUUCUGGUCAACUUCACUGUCUACAUCAUCCUUGUCAUGGCCUAUAUGCUCACUUUCAGGUCUGCCUCCGUACGUCAGAAAUAG